GUUUAAUGUCAGCGUAUAAUAAGCAAACAAACAAUUUUAACAUAUGUCAAGUCAAUACUUGUACUCUAAAUGUAGAGUAUCAUUUGCAAUAUAACAAUGAGCAGCAUAACCAAUGCAAUUUCCUUAUAAAUACUCAACAAGGGCUUUUAUUUCAGCUCUUCAGUUUUUCUCCCAUAUUCAGCCUAAUAUUUGCCUUAAUACUUGCUAACUUGAUUCUUAUUUAUCAAAAAGCUUUUAGUAAGUCGGGUGUGUAUUUUGGGGAAGGUGAUAACAGUACUUCAUAUCACAUCCAUCACACUGUCAACAACUGUAAUGUCAUCUACAUUUAAAUGGCUACAGACAACUUAAGUUUGUUGGAAUUAUAACAGAUUAUAAAUGUUUGUUAUGAAGUUGGUUAUAAAAUUAAGUCAAAUGAGAAGCUGCCUAACUAGUUCUGUUGGUUGUUGUUUGAUUUUUAGAGGCAAGCACCGGAAAACUAAAUGUGUGUCUAUAAUCCUUUUAGUCCUUUGUUUGCUCACGAUGAUGCAGCUGGCAGAGAAAGCGCAUUAUCGCUUUGUGGUGCUGUUCUUCAACUGUCUGCUGACAUUUGGCUCCUUCUUCUGCUUUGACAUCCCCAGUGUUUUGCAGGAUCAGUUCCAAGGGAACCUGACAUGUCCCAAUGCAACAGUGAUCAAUGGGACAGUGGACUGUGUGUUGGGACUGGGGAUGAGCCCCCAGCAGUACAAUCUUCUUUAUGCUAUCUACGCUUGGACGGAUGCAGUUGUGGUGUUCAUGGCUGGGUUCCUGAUUGACAAAUUAGGAAUACGAUUCGGAGUGUUUCUAUUCUCUUCUCUGUGUGUUUUGGGCUCGUCACUGUUUGCACUGGGCUCCCACUUUAAAGGAACUCCCUAUCUGCUGCCACUUAUGCUCACAGGCCGACUGCUGUAUGGGUCAGGCAAUGGAUCUCUGACCAUUGUUCAGGACUGCAUCACGGCCUUCUGGUUCGAAAGGAAGGAGCUGGCUAUGGCUUUUGGACUGACCCUGUCUUUUUCUCGCCUGGGCUCAGUCCUAAACUUCAUUUUCACCAAGAAGUUUGAAGAAAAAUAUGGCAUGCAAUGGACACUCUGGGGCGGUGCCCUAUUGUGUGUGCUGGGCUUUUUAAUCGCCAUUAUAGUCAGUACCCUGGACAAAAUCAGGAUGAGGCAGCUGGGCCUUCAUGACACCAUCCAAGAGGAGUCCCGCAAAGUGAUGAUUCAGGAUGUGAAGUUCCUGUCACGAAGAUACUGGCUGCUGGUUCUCACCAUUAUGUUCUUUUACAACAACAUCUUCCCUUUUAUAGCAGACGCCAGUAAGUUCAUUCAGGACAAGUACAGCGGUUACAGUCAGAAGGAGUCUGCCUACAUUGCUGGGGCGGUUUAUGACUGCUCGCUGGUCCUCUCAGCCAUCGUGGGCAUUCUUAUAGAUUAUGUGGGUCUGCGGGGCAUUUUCGCAGUGGCCUGUGCUGUCCUCACACUGCCUGUGUUUGGACUCCUGGCCUUCACGUUUGUCCCUCCUCUCGUCUCCACCAUAUGGCUGGGAGUGACCUACUCCUUCGCUGCUUCAAGUAUAUGGCCGUCUAUUCCCCUCGUGGUGCCUCAGGCGACUCUGGGAACAGCCAUGGGUCUGGCCACGUCUAUACAUAUGGUUGGGAUUGGGGUGUCCAAUCUGGUUGUUGGACAGAUUUUGGGCACCAAAUCUGGUGAAACUAAAAUUCCGUUGUGGCGUUGGCAGAGGAUGAUGAUCUUCAUGUUGGCCAACACCAUCGGCUGCAUCAUCACCUCAGUGCUGCUCAACAUAGUUGACCACAGACAGGGUGGGACCCUGAACAAGACUGCCAUGAGGUUAACGCAGCACAACGCAAAGAAAGACUCCGACAGAGAGUCGCUGAACAUGGAAGAGGAAGAGCAGAAUGAGGAUGUGGAGAACAAGACGGUCAGAUCUCGUUCUCUCAAUUCCUAAGUUUUCGGUUUCCGGAUUCUUCAGCAGUUAACAGAGCAGUUUAAUGAGCCACAAUAAAUCUCCGUUCAACAGUAUUUACAGUAGUACAGUGUAUUAAAUGUAUUAUCAGAGAUUCACACAGAUGUCAGA